UGUUCUUGUUUUUUUUUUUUUUUGUAUUUCUGUGUUUAUUUUUAGGCAUUUGUGGAAACACUUGGUAUUUUUCCUCUGAUGGCUUUUAUCUUUGAACGAUGCUUCUGUGCCUUAGUGGAACGUCUUCUGCUUCAGUGGAUAUCCUGAGGUGUGUGCUGGAUGUGGCCAGGUAGCUCUCAUCAGUGCUCUAGGGUGGGGUGAGAAAUCAGCGUGACGUUCAAGUUGGGCAUGGUAGAUAUCCUCUGUUGUCAGUAGCGUGAAAGGUAUGAUCACGUUUGUGGGCAUAAUCACAGCCUCACCUCCUCUCUUCCAAAGUGAUCAAUGCCCAGGGUUAGCCUAGAGUGGCAAUAACCCUCCACCCAUGCAGGUGCAUGAACCACAUAAAGAAUCUGUGCAUUUCCCAGUGUGAGCAGAGAACCCUCUGUAGUGACGCACCCCAGGCGAUCAGGGAGCUCUGAGGCCAGACACAGUUAUUGCCCAGUGAUUCAGCUGCACCCCACACCUAUGGUGCAGUCACAGGAUUCCUAAAGUUAUAGAACACAAGGCUUCCACAGUCACAGGGUGCAAGAGUUCCACUCUCAGCCCUAGGAGCCUGCCCCUUCCAUAAAGACUGCAGAGGUGCUCCCAGAGCCAGCUGCCUGUCAGUUUGAGACCUGGAUCCUAUGUUUUUUGUUUUGAAUUGUUUUGAAAUAAAUCUUUAUUUUUUAUUUAUUUUUUAAAGAUUUAUUUGAAAGAGUUACACAGAGAGACAAGGAGAGGAAGAGAGAGACAGAGACAGAGAGAGAGAGAGACAGAGAGAGAGAGGUCUUCCAUGUGCUGGUUCACUCCCCAAUUGGCUGCAACUGCCAGAGCUGUGCCAAUCCAAAGCCAGGAGCAAGGAGCUUCUUCCAGGUCUCCCACACAGAUACAGGGGCCCAAGGACUUGGGCCACCUUUUACUGUUAUCCCAGGCCACAUCAGAGAGCUGGACUGGAGGUGGAGCAGCCGGGACUUGAACUGGUGCCCAUAUGGGAUGCUGGCACUGCAGGUGGCAGCUUUACCUACUACGCCACAGUGCCAGCCCCAUGAUUCGUAUGUUAGAGUGGAGGGAUGGGAGUGCCUCACAGUCCUAAGUGGGUGCUCAGCCCCUGCCAACCCUACAGGACAGACUCAGCCAGUGGGGAACAUGGCACUAGCUUGAAAAGUAGUGGAGUUAGUUCCUCUAAAUAUUUUGGAGAAUGCAGCUGUAAAGCUAUUGGAUGCUGGACUUUUUCUUCAUGGGAGAAUGAGGGAUUACUUUGCUUGUUUGGGGCCAAAAAUUAAUGGGUAGAAUAGUCCAGACACAGUUCUCUGAGUCCUGAGCCCAGUGGUGAUCUCUUGGAAAAGACACCUCGCCAUAUCCUGUUGCUUUUCCUAAAGGAUAGAAGAGAUCUGAAAGAUGUGGAGUUAAAGAUGGAUUUGUGCUCUCAAGAUGGCAAGUGUAAGAGGUGAAGGAGUUCGCAGAAGCCAGACUUUCUACACCUGGAUCAUCAUAUGCUGUUGGGAAAAGCUGUUAGUACCUUGGCUACAUCAGAGUGGGGCGAUUGCAUUUCCACCCUUGCUUCUCGGCUAAAAGUAUGGGCAGUCUCAGGGGACCCUAGGGUGUCCCAGGAACCCAGGACGUCUUCCCAGAUGACUGCAAGGGUGUAGUCCUUCCAGCUACUGCUUGGGCCCCUCCUUAAGGUCUGGUAGGAAUUGGAGGCAAUUAGUCUAGUUUGAUUUCUUUUCUUAACCAGGAGCUUAGGGACUUUUCAAGAGUCCUCUCUGUGGUUUGUAAAAUGGUAGCCUCUCAGCUCUUGCUAUAGAGCCCAAGACAGAUAAAGAAAGCUCAGGAGAUCCUGGACUCUCCUGUUGCUUUUUUUUCUGGUAUCCUUAGUAGAAACUGAAGACCCAGAAAGCUGUUUGAUGCCUGAGCUCACCACAUACUGGCGGAGGUCAGAGUGAGGUUGGAAUUCUCGGUGGGCAAGGUGUGUAUCUGUGCCUAGGGUCUCCUUAUGUAUUCCUCAUAUAUUCCAUAUACAUUCUGUGUGAUGUUUCUUUGCUUGUGCAACAUAGAUAUAUGUAUCUAUUUUUGAUGAUUCUCUCUCCCUUUCUCCCUCCCUCCCCCAUCUCUCUCUCUCUCUCUCUCUCUCUCUCUCUCUCUCUCUGUGUGUGUGUGUGUAAUAUGUGAUGGACCCACAGCCCACUAUUUUUCCUCUCUAAACACACAGCAUACAACUCUAAACAGACUCACAUUAAGAAAGUAUAAUUUUUUUGGUUUUGUUCGUUUCAUCUCAAACAUUUGCUCCGCUCUCCUUCUCUGACUACCUCAUUUUUAUCUGUGGACAGCCAUCAUCAGUGUGAGUAAAUGAGCUUGCAGAAUCUGAAGAUACAGAGAUGUGCUCAGCAAUCUGGAACAGACGUCUUCUGAGUUGACUCAUGACAGCCAUGGGAAAGAAGCCCCGUAUCUGUGCUCAAUGAUGUGGGUGUGAUCUUAGAUCUGUACUUGUUCCCGAGUGAGGUUACAUGUGUUUGAGAAAGUGGGGUGUGUGUGUGUGUGUGUGUGUGUGUGUGUAAGUGCUGCUUGCUUGAUUUGUACGUUGUGCUUAUGUUUAUGUGCUGAUGCUUUUGAGUGACAGGAGCUCAUGUACCUUUCUGGCUGACUACCUUCACCUGUGUUGGAUAUGGGUGGGGGGGAGGCAGGCUGGAGCCUUAUCUCCAAUGACGUGUGUGUGUGUGUGUGUGUGUGAUAAUGUAUGCUGCUUCUUGCCUGAGUGGGAAGAGGCAUGUGUGUGGAGUUGGUGAUAUUAAUGACUUUUGUGUGAUGUGUCUGACUUUGUGUUUACUUUUUACUGUGUGAGUGUCCAGAGUGUCAGUGUAUUUAUCUGAAAUGUGACUCUUAUGUGCUGCUGGUUGUAUGCUUUGUAUUGAGAUGAUACAAGUGUUUGCAUGUGGUUGUGUGCAUUGUUUUGUGUAUCAGACCUUGUAUGUUACUUGAGAGUUUUGAUUUAUGAUUCCAUAGAUAAUUUAGUCACAUGUUCUAUGUCCUGUGUAUUUGUCUAUCUAUAUUUAUAUCUAUAUCUAUAUCUAUAUCUAUAUCUAUAUCUAUAUCUAUAUCUAUAUCUAUCUAUGUAUCUGUCUAUCAAGAGAGCAAGAGAGAGAGAGGUCUCCCAUCUGCUGGUUCACUCCUCAGAUGGCUGCAACUGUUGGGGCUUAGCCAGGCCAAAGCCAGGAACCAGGAGAUUUAUCCUGGUCUUCCAUAUGGGUAGUAGGGGCCCAAGCACUUGAGCCAUCCUCUGCCACUUUUCCUAGGCAGUUAGCAGGGAGCUGGAUAGCAAGUGGAAGAGUCAAAAUUCAAACUGGUAUCCAUUUGGGAUGCUGGCAUCAAAGGCAGUGGUUUUAUAUGGUACACCACAAUGGCGGCCAAGGUAUAAAAAUUUUUAAAAUUUAUGUGCACAAUGGGUCUUCAAAAAGUUAAUAGAAAAUGCUUAUUAUAAAAACUAUGCAUAGAUUGCAUUUUAGGGCCUGAAUCAACUCAUAUUUUAAUUUCUCUUUUCUAUGAGAUUUUGAAGUACACUUGUAUGUGUUUCGGGAGCUUCUGGUUAACCUUUAUGAACUCAAAUACUUCUUAAAUUUCUUUAAACAGUGAUCAUAUUUCUGUCUGAGACAGGCAAUUUCAUGUGCAUUUCCACCCUUUGGCAGCUAUUGAUGCCUGUAGUAAGUCUCCCAGUCCUCAGUCCUGUCCUUGUAUCUUUUUCUGGCCUUGGGAAGUGACCUCAGCUCUCUGGGGUUCAGACCUCGUGGGUAAAUGAGGGGUAACUGAUCCUCCUGCAUAACGGCUGUUAGAAGGAUGAAUGAGACAAUGCAUACAAAUUCUUCAGCACCAUGGCUGGCCAAUGGUCCUCAGUGCAAAGGAGGAAUUUUUGUUAUCUUUCCACAAAUCCUUUGUUGCUGUCAUGGAGAUUUCUUAUUUUCCCAUUGUCUAAGGAGGAACAGGGAGACGUCAAAAGCCCGUCCAAAUGUUCCCUCCAAAACCUCAAGGUCAUGACUUGAUUUGCUUUUCACAGCUCAUGGGUCUUGCUUCCUUCGGCAUGCAAAGUUCUACUUGUAGCCAAGUUCCUAGCUGGCUCUUGCCUUCUGGUUCUUUGGUGAGUAGUGACACACUGUAGCUCAGUGAACAGCUGAGCUCUGCAUAGGGGCAAUCAUUGCCUUCCUCAGUGGUCAUGAUCUGAGAUAACCUGUGCCCCUGAGCAAGUACAAGGUCCCUGAGGAGGAUUUGCUGUUCUGCUUCUCCGUGGUGCUGAAUAAGUUUUGUCCAUUGGGUCACUUACUUCUCAAAUGCCAUUAUAAAGGAGAAAUGGUUACCACUCCAUUACUAGUGAGAAAUGUGGACCUCAGAGAGCUGAGGCCACUUCCAAGAUCUAAAACUAGGAGAUCUACUGAAUAAACCAAAUUAGUAAUGCCUAGUAGAUUAACAAUGUCUGAUACCUCUUUCCUGGUACUGGUUUCAUGCUUUAGUCAUAACGAAUUACUGAGGUUUGCAUCUUUUUCUUGAUCUCAAGAUGUCAACUCCUUCAGUCCAGAGACUGCAUUUCUUGUCCACUAUUACUGUGCACAUGCUCAGGAGUUGGUGUUGUGACUGGACAAGUUUAUUCUCAAAUAAAUACAUGUUGAAUGAACAAUUAAUCUCCUUUCAUUUAUUUGGAUAGAAACUUGGUUAAUGUGAGGGUUUGAUAUGUGGUUGGGACUAGAAUAGGACAGAUUUGUGAAUCAUGCAUCCAGUGUGAGAAAGAAACACAAUUGUAGCUGCAACAAGAAUUUUGUAUCAGAGGAUAUACUGAUAAUGGUCUGGUCACGUCCACUGACAUAAACGAAUUUCCUCGAUUCCCAACAGAGAAAACACCAGCAUGAGGUGGGAGAACCAGAGCCAUGUGUCCACGUUCCUCCUCCUGGGGCUCCCCAUCCGGCCGGAAGAGCAGAGCAUGUUUUUUGCCCUGUUCCUGGGCAUGUACCUGACCACAGUGCUGGGGAACCUACUCAUCAUCCUGCUCAUCAGGCUGGACUCCCGCCUCCACACCCCCAUGUACUUCUUCCUCAGCCACUUGGCAUUCACUGACAUUGCCUUCUCGUCAGUCACUGUGCCAAAGAUGUUAAUGAGCAUGCAAACUCGGGACCAAUCCAUCCCCUAUGCAGGAUGUAUAGCACAGAUGUACUUUUUCAUACUUUUUGGCUGCCUUGACAAUUUCCUUCUCGGAGUGAUGGCAUAUGACAGGUAUGUGGCCAUCUGCCGCCCACUGCACUACAUCUCUGUCAUGAGGGAGGAGCUGUGUAUCUCAUUGGUAGCUGGGUCUUGGAUCUUUUGCUGUGCUCAUGCCCUGUUACACACGGUCCUCUUGGUCCAGCUGUCCUUCUGUUCUUAUGUUACCAUCCCCCACUUCUUUUGUGAGCUCACUGCCCUCCUGAAGCUGAGCUGCUCAGACGUCUCCCUCAAUGAGCUGGUCAUCCUUACUGAGGGAGGAAUGCUUUUCGUCGUUCCUCUGAGUAGUGUCUUAGGCUCUUAUGUCCGUAUAGGGACCACUGUUCUGAGGGUCCCCUCCUCCAAGAGAUUGUUGAAAACCUUUUCUACCUGUGGUUCCCAUCUUUUCGUGGUGUCUUUAUACUAUGGGACACUUGCAGGUGUUUACUUUUUCUCUUUGUCACAGAACCCCAGUGAGAAGGACAUAAGUGUUUCUGUAAUUUACACAGUAGUCACACCGAUGCUGAACCCCUUCAUCUACAGUCUUAGGAACAAAGAUAUCAAACAGGCCUUAGAAGUACUAGUUAAGAGGGCUAACCUCUUUAAGUGGCCAUCACUAAAUCUUUAUAUUUGAUUCAUGAGCACUGUGAGAUGUGACUCCUAAGAUUACUUUAUGGAGAUAACUGAUGCAGUUUUAAAAUAAUACAUUUAUAUAUUCCAAUAUGUACUGUGUUCUUAACAGGUCAUCAGGACCAACUUUAUUACUUAGAUUGUCAGACCUCUAAUCAAUCUUUGCUCAUUUAUCAUCUUUUAUAAGAUAUAUGGAAACUCUUAGGCAAACAUGUAUCAUUAUUAUGGAUUUACCUUUUUCUCCUUUCAGAUAUGUCAUUUUUUACCUCAUAUAUUUUAUUUAAAAUUUUUUUCUCACAGAAACCUUUAAUUUAAUGAGUACAAAUUUCAUAAGUGCAACUUGAAGAAUAUAGUGAUUGUUCCCACCAUACCCGCCCUCUCAUCCCCACUCUCACCCACCUCCUUCUCCCUCUCCUAUUCCAAGUCCCAUCAUCCAUUAAGAUUCAUUUUCAAUUAACUUUAUACACAGAAGACCAACUCUAUACUAAGUAAAAGAGUUCAAUAAUUUUCACUGAAAUGUAAUUGCAUGGAAAUGGUUUUUGCACACACACACACACACACACAUACACACAGAACAAGUUUUACGGUUACUUCUUAUAGUACAACUCAUUGAGGACAGAAGUGCCCAGUGAGCCCUAUUGUUAAUUUUACAAUCAACACUCAUAUGUAUGAUGUCAGCAAUCACUCGAGGCUCUUGGCAUGAACUACAAACUCUGUCAGCAUUUAGACAAGGUCAUAAGCAAAGUAGAAGUUCUCUCCUCCCUUCAGAGAAAAGCACAUCCUUCUUUGAUAGCCAUUUCUUUGUAGGACAUUUUUUUUUUUUUGCCACAAUGUCUUGACUUUCCAUGCCUGAAAUUCUCUCAUGGGCUUUUCAGCCAGACAAGAAUGCCUUAAGGGCUGAUUCUGAGGUCAGAGUGCUAUUUAAAGCAAUUGUCAUUCUAUGAGUCUCCUAUGUAGAUUGCUUCCCAUGUUGGACCAUUCUCUCCGUUUAAAUUCUAUUAUUAUUACCAGACAUUUGAUCUUAUUUAUAUGAUCCCUUUAACACUUAAUCCUAUCUCUAUGAUCAUUUUAACACAUAAUAUUGUCACUUUAACAUUAAGAUGGCAUUUUUACCAACCAACUUAAUGGAAUUUGGAGUCUGAUGGCAAGUUUUUAAACUGUACCCUUAGAAGUAAGUAUGUAGGAAUAUAUGCAGAGCUAUACAGCUUUACAGUUACAAACUUCCUCCUCCCUCUCUUAUUCCCAGUCUUAUUUUUGAUUGAGAUCUAUAUGCAGUUGACUUUAUACACAUAUGAUUAAGUUAAGAGUUCAACAAAUAGUAGAAAGAAGAGAAUAAAAAACUGUUUCUUGACAGUCAAGACAAGGGCUGUUCAAGUCAUUGCUUCUCAAAGUGUCACUUUCAUUUCUACAGGUUUCCUUCUAGGUGCUCUAUUAGUUUUCACAGAUCAGGGAGAACAUAUGGUAUUUGUCCUGUUGGGACUGGCUUAUUUUGCUAAGUAUGAUGUUUUCCAGAUUCAUCCAUUUUGUUGCAAAUGACUGGAUUUCUUUUUUUUUUACCACUGUAUAGUAUUCCAUGGCAUACAUAUUCCAUAAUUUCUUUAUAUAGUCCAGUUGAUGGGCAUUUAGGUUGAUUCCAUGUCUUAGCUAUUGUGAGUUGAACUGCAAUAAACAUGGGGGUGCAGAUAACUCUUUUGUUUACUGAUUUCAUUUCCCUUGGGUAAAUUCGCAAUAGUGGGAUGGCUAGGUCAUAUGGCAGGUCUAUAUUCAGAUUUCUGAGGUAUCUCUAAACUGACUUCCAUAUUGGUUAUACCAGUUUACAUUCCAACUAACAAUGGAUAGGGUAACUUUUCCCCCACAUUCUCGCCAGCGUUGGUUGUUGAUCUUUGUAUGAAAGCCAUUCUAACAGGUGAGGUAAAACCUCAUUGUGGUUUUGAUUUGCAUUACCUGACAGCUAAUGAUCUGAACAUUUUUUUUCAUGUGUCUGUUGGCCAUUUGGAUUUCCUCUUUUGAAAAAUGUCUGUUUAAAUCCUUAGCUCAUUUCUUUACUGGGUUGUUUCCUUCAUUAUUGUGGAAUGUCUUGAUCUCUUUGUAUAUUCUGGUUAUUAAUACUUUAUCAGUUGCAUAGUUUGCAAAUAAUUUCUCCCAUUCUUUUGGUUGCCUCUUCACUUUGCUGAGUGUUUCUUUUGCAGUACAGAAGCUUCUCAAUUUGAUGAUAACUUUGCCUUUGAUUGCCUGUGUCCCUGGGGUCUUUUCCAGGAACUCUUUGCCUGUCCCAGUGUUCUCUAAUAAUUUGAUGGUAUCAGGUUGUAGAUUUAGGUCUUUAAACCAUUUUGAAUUGAUUUUUAUGUAAGGUGUAAGGUAGGGGUCCUGCUUCAUAUUUCUGCAUGUGAAAAUCCAAUUUUACCAGCCACCAUUUGUUAAAGAGACCGUCCUUGCUCCAGGGAUUGGUUUUAGCUCCUUGGUCAAAUAUAAGUUGGUUGUAGAUGCAUGGACUAAUUUAUUGAGUUUCUAUUCUGUUCCAUUGGUCUAUAUGUCUAUUUUUUUGUCAGGACCAGGCUGUUUUGAUUAUAAUUGCCCUGUAGUAUGUCUUGAAAUCUGGUAUUGUGAUGCUUCUGGGUUUGUUUUUGUUAUAUAAGAUUGCUUUAGCUAUUUGAGGUCUCCUGUGUUUCCAAUGAAUUUCAGCAUCAGUUUUUCUAGAUGAGAAAAGAAUGUCUGGUAUUUUGAUUGGUAUUACAUUGAAACUGUAAACUGCUUUUGGAAAAUGAACAUUUUGAUAAUACUGAUUCUUCCAAUCCAUGAACAUGGAAGUUUUUUUUUGUAUCUCCUAUUUCUUUCUUUAAUGUUUUGUAAUUCUCAUUGUAGAGAUCUUUGACAUUCUUGGUUACAUUUAUUCUAAAGUAUUUGAUUUUUUUGGUAGCUAUUGUGAAUGGGAUUGAUCUUAGAAGUUUUUUCUCAGCCAUAGCUUGUCUGUGUAUACAAAGGCUGCUGAUUUUUGUGUAUUGAUUUUAUAUCCUGUUACUUUACCAAACUAGUUCCAAUAGUCUCUUGGUGGAGGCUUUUGGAUCCCACAUAUAGAAUCAUGAUAUCUGCAAAUAGGGAUAAUUUGACUUCCUGCAUCCCAGUUUGUAUCCCUUUCAUUUCUUUUUCUUGUUUUCUUUCUUUUUUCUUGUUUCAUUUCAUUUUUUGUUUCAAUUUUGUUGAUUUCCUCUCUAAUUUUAAUUAUUUCUUUUCUCUUGCUAGUUUUGGGUCUAGUUUGCCAUUGUUUUUCUAGAUUCUUGAGAUGCAUUGAUAGUUCAUUUAUUUGGUGCCUUUCCAAUUUCUUGAUUUAAGCACCUAUUGCUAUAAACUUUCUUUUAAUUAGAGAGUUUAGGCCAUUUACAUUCAAGGUUACUGUUGAUAAGUAAUGGUUUGGCCCUGCCAUUUUUCCAUAAAUAUUCCUAUUUUUAACUUUGGAUUUCCUUUAUACUUUAACUGGGAAAUUUACUUCCUUUAUCUUCUUCCAUCGUGAUGACCAUGUUUCUGUGUUUCUGUGUGCAUCACAUCCUUAAGCAUCUUCUGCAGGGCUGGACAGGUAGGUGACAAAUUCUUUCAAUUUAUGUUUGUCAUGGAAGGUCUUUAUUUCACCUUUUCUAAUUAAUGAGAGAUUUGCAGGGUAUGGUAUUCUGGGGUGACAGUUUUUUUCUCUGAAUACUUGGAAUAUAUCUCACCAUUCUCUGCUAGCCUGUAGGGUUUCUGAUGAGAAUUCUGCUAUGAGUCUUAUUGGAGAUCCUCUGAAAGUAAUCUAGUGUUUCUCUUGUGCACAUUUUAGAAUCUUUAUGAUUUGCUGUUUAUUGUUUGAUAAUCAUGUGUUGUGGUGAAGAACUUUUCUAGUCAUCUUUAUUAGGAGUUCUAUGUGCUUCCUAUACUUGGAUGUCCCUUUCUUUAUUCAGGUUAGGGAAGUUUUCUGUUAUUAUUUCACUAAAAAGCCUUCUGAUCCUUUCUCUUCGUAAACCUUCAGGAACUCCUAGAAGCUGUAUAUUGGGUCUUUUUAUAGGAUCUUGUAGAUUCCUAACAGUGAUUUUUAGUUUUCUAAUUUCUUCUUCUUGUGUUUGGUUUGACUGUAUAAUUGCCUGUGCUUUGUCUUCUGUGUCAGAUAGUCUUUCUUUUGCUUCACUGAUUCUAUUGCUAAGGUUUUCCUUUGCAUUUUUAUUUGUUCUAUUGAAUUCUUCAUUUCCAAGAUUUUAUUUUGAUUACUCUUUAUAUUUCAACUUCAUGGGAGGAAUUUUCAUUCAUGUCAUGUAUGGGUUUCCUUGUUUCUGAUUAAUUCUAAGUAAUCCUAUUUUUUGGAUUUUUGGAUUCCAUUUCUGGCAUUUCUUGAAUCUCCUCAUCUUUGUAAUAUAGUAUUGAAGUGUUGUGUUCUUUUGGGGGCACCAUGUUGUUUUCCUUAUUCUUGUUUCUUGAAUUGGUGUAUUUAUUAUUAGGCGUUUAUGGAGCUACUUGUUGGUUUCUUGUGUAGCUUUUAUCUUUGGACUAUGUGGAUUAGUGGAGUUUUCCUUUCAGGGAAUACAUAGGGGCAUGUGGUGGGUGUGACCAAGGAGCUCUGUUCAGUGCUCCAGGACGAAAGGCAUGUCUGAGGUGACACACCAAGGUUUGGCAUGGUAAAUCUCCUCUCUCUCUAUCAGAGGGGAAGUUUGUCUUGUCUGUUGGCUUAGUCUCAGCUGAGCUCCUCUCCUUGAAGGACACCAGUGCCUGGGCACUAGCCCCAGUCAGUAUAUUAUUCGUCCACUCUGCCACACAAGAUCUGUGCAGUCCUCAGUGUAAGCUCAGAUUCCCCAGCAAUGUCCCUCACCAGGUAACCAGGGAGACCUGAUAGUGUGGAGCCUCCCACAGUGACUGCAGUAUCCCAGCCACACAGUCUCAGUGUUUGCACAGUCCCAGUAUGCAAUCCUCUCACAGUCAUGAGCACUCAGUCUCCUAUCUGUUCUACGUAUAGGACUUGGGAGUCUCCGCUUGGCUGGUUGCUGGGCAUGGACUUGAGCUGGUACAACUGUUACAUAUGUCCAAAAUGGUGCCUACUCUCUAUCAGUUUGUUACAGGAUGCAGUUGCAAUGUGAUUGAGGAGAGAGAAACAUGCCUCUCUCUUUGUUUUUUUCUCCUCUAGUCUGGCAGGUUCACUGUCCUGCCACUGUCCCCCACAGAGCUCCAAGCUGAAUUCUCUCUAGGCUUUUCCUGCAGCUUUUUUGCCAGUGUCUUAGGCUUCAGUCUUGUCUCACCUCAUUCUCCAGUGCUGGUACAGAGGCUCUCAGCUGCUGGGGUCCUGAGUUGUGGGUGUUCUCGCCCUCCAAGUAGGCCCACUGUGUCCCUCCAAUUUGCAUAGUUUCCUCUGCUGUUUUCUCCCUCACUCUUUCCUGAGACUGCACUCAGGACUUCUAGGACUCUCCUGGGUUUAUUUAAAAGGAGUUGGAAGACAUCUGUAUUUGAAUUAAAUGAUAUGCUCUGACUUGAAUAUUUGAAUAUUAAAUAUUUGAAUAUUAAUUCAAACUCAGUUCUUAUAAGCACUGGUUUCAAAGGGGGAGGUAGUAAGUUUAAUGGAGGGGAAGUAAUCAUUUUGAAAUGAAUUUUCAUUAUUAAAAUCUUACCCACAAGAGAAACUAAUUCAACCCUUUUGAAAGUCACAGACUAGGAAUUCAUGCUUAUCACAAUAUCUGAAAUUGAAUCAUAAGGUUGUAGAAUACUUCCUUUUCCCAUAGUUAAUCACCACAUCCACAGGACUUCAGUUGAAGAAUAGUGGAUUACAACUGAGAUACAAGGUACAGAAGCUAUGUAAAAAGAAGUCUCUACAGAAAUGCAAAAACAGUAAGAGAGAAAAAACAUGGAAACCAGGAAACACUGGGACCUCCAACACCUGUAGCUAUUGGAAAUGGUAAACACAGCCUAAUUCCUAGUCUUCUAAGCAAAAAUGCUCAUGGUGAACAUUCUAUUCAUUUUUUAAAAGAUUGAUUUAUUUUAAAGGCAGAAUUACAGAGAGGUAGAGGCAAAGAGAGAGAGAGAGAAGUCUUCCAUCCACUAGUUCACUCCCCAAAUAGAAGCAAUGGCCAGAUAUGGGCCGGUCUUAAGCCAGGAGCCAGAAACUGCCUCUGAGUCUCCCAUGCGGGUGCAGGGGCCCAAGGACUUGAGCCAUAUUUUACUGCUUUUCCAGGCCAUAGUGGAGAGCUGGAUUGGAAGUAGAGCAGCAGGUACUCAAACCAGCGCCCAUGUGGGAUGCUAGCAGGGCAGGUGGCAGCUUUACCCACUAUGCCACAGCACCAGACCCUAUUCAGUUCUAUUCAUUCAGUUAUUAUUAUCUAAAGCAUCAAUCCAACAUUCAACAAGAAAUUAUAAGGUAUGCUAACAGGCAAAAAGCCCAACAUUCUUACAGUACAAAACAGCCAUUGCUGGAAGCCAGGUAGCCAUGUGGCCCAACCACCCAUGUUAGCCCCACCCCUAUCCUAAUGGGAUUCACUGCUCCUGCUUCCCUACCCGCCCUCCCUGGCAAAGUUUUAAAGGGACCUGUUCCUAAACACAUGGCUCUCUCUCUCUUCCUCUCUGUCUCCUGACCUCUGUCUGUCUCUCUCUCUUACACUCUCCUUCUCCCUCUUUCUCCUUCUUUGCCCCUUCCCUCUGGUCUGUUGGGUUUCCCCCAAUAAACUCUUUCCCUUAAAAAAAAGAUACAAAGCAAGCAUCAAAACCAGACUUUAUAGAUGUUGGAAACAUCAGUCAUGAGUGUUAAAAUAACUGAAUAAAUAUGCCAGACUGUCUAAUUGGAAAAGUAGAGAAAAAAUCCAAGAAUAGAUGGUUACGGUAAACAGCUGGAACAUGAG